AUGGUACAUCUAUCAGGUGGAUCGAGUGUUAUGAGAGGAGUGCUACUUGUUCUGAACGUAUUGUUCGUCAUUAUUGGUCUUGUCCUCAUUGGUGUUGGUAUUUACAUCAAAGUUGAUAACAAUUUUGCAUCGAUUCUCAGCAAACUAACUACUGACGGAUCUCUCGAAAUAAAAACCAUAGGGUUUUUAGCUUUCGUUAUGAUUGGUGGCGGUGUAUUUACUCUUCUCAUUGCAUUGUUGGGUUGUAUGGGAGCACUAUGGGGACAACGAUGCCUUUUAUAUUUGUAUGCUAUAAUUUUGUUUCUUUUGAUGAUCCUCGAAUUAGUUGGCGUUAUCUUGGCAGUGGUUUACAAAGGAAAACUUAAGAAAUAUAUUGAGGAACCUUUGUUCAAAGUAUUGGAUGAUGCUUUGAGCAAAAACCCUCCUGCUAAAGAUGUAAUAUCAGGUUUCGAAGAAUUGGAAAAGGCUAUGAAAUGCUGUGGUGUCCAUAAUAUCUCGGAUUACGAACGACACGCCUAUAAGCCAAAGUCUCCUGCAUGUAAAAAUCCAAAAGCUGUGGGCUGUUCUGAAGCUAUUAUUGAUUGGUUCAACAAGAAUUUACCCAUAAUAGGGGGUACAUUAGGUGGUAUUUUAGUAGUUGAACUUUUUGGUUUAAUUGGUGCUUGUGUAUUGGCUUCAAUAAUAAAAAGGUCGGGUAGCGACUAUUCAACAGGUCCACCAAUGCCGAAAUUUAUGAGAGGUGGUCGUAAUUAA